CUUUUUUUUUUUCGCGAUAAACGAUCCGCCGGAUCAUUUCCGCCUCCCUCCGCCCGCCUCUCUCUCGGUGAAAAGAAUGGGAGAUGUUCUGGCCGAGUUGGAGGACGUGCUCCGUUCCAAACCCACCGAGGAGAAGAUAACAGCGGGGGAGGAGCUGGUUCUUCAGACGUGCAAGUCGAGGGCAAUUCGCGAUUUCACGCUCGGGGCCGGCUUUUCUUCGGCCGUGGUGUGGACUGCAACCAGGAGACUAACACAUGGACAGAGGUUCAAUAUUUCAGUUGGCUCUGCUAUGCUCACGGGGAUGUGGAGAUUUGACAGGUCAUUAAACUCGUGCCUUGAUCAAAUUCUAGGGCUUGAAGGAAGUCGCAUGCAGAGGGAGUUGACAAAUAUAAUAUUGACAAAACACAGGGACAACGUAUCAAGGGUGCAGCUUGUAGGCAAACAUUUCUACCCAGAGCAAGUAUUUAAUGACUUAAAUCCAGAUAAACCUUUUCUCAGGUGGCGAUCACGGAAUCUCUACAUGGACAACACUGCUGUUCAAAAGAUAGAAGGUCCUGAAGAUAGCAGCUAUCAUGAUAAACCUGACAUACAGCCGAGAUACUCCACUAGGAGCCUAGGUGGAGAUAUGCUUGCAGAUCCGUUGGACUGCAUCUUUGGUUAUCCAGAGAGUAACGUGGAGAUCACUCAUUCUGAUGAGAUGGGAACAUAUCCUAGAAGACGGUUGCGUUCCCUCAAGAGAGCUCAUCGGCGUCACCGAGCUAAAAACUCUGAAUUUCCAUCAGAUCAUGCAAACCAUCAGGACUGAAAACCCAGACUUAUUGACGAGUAGGUUCUGAGAGAUGCUUUGACUGUGGCUCAUUGGAAAAAGUAUAUUUAAGGAAGCAGAGGAGCCGAGCAGUGUUUCACUAACUAAAUCAGUAAGGUACAGUGUUGUAUCGUGAUGUUCACGCACUUCAAUGAUGCUCUUGUUCUGGUGUAUGGCGGUAGAGGAUUUCUUUGGAGUUCAUGCUGGCUUCAUCCUUGUAGCAUUGUUUUCACUUUCCAUUUAGGUGAUUUAACUCCUGAUCACAACUCUGAUGUUUGGAUUGUUUUUUGUAACAACAUACCUUUUCUUUCUUUGUUCCAUAGGUUUGCUGCAAUACCUAUAACUCACGAAAAGUAGCUUGAAGCAUUCUGCACUUUUACACCGAGGGGAAUAAGAAAACUGAAGCAAUUUGCUUAUUGCUGAUCUUUAUUGAGAAUCUUUGCAUAAAUUAUUGCAGGCCCAAAUGGUUUUUCCUGA